UAGACAUAAAAUACAUUUUCUCAUCAGAAAAUUCAUAAUAUGUUAGUUAAAAUACACAUUUUUAGUCGUAUCCCCAGGUUUUCCCUCAGUCCUGUUACCGUGACACAUUCCCCCCUCUAAAAAUUGCGGACACUCCACAAGUCACAUGAUCAAUAGAAAGCAGCAUCAUUUGAGUCUCCUGAAGGCCAUGGGAAGAACAAAAGUUGUGACAGCCAUGUUGGCAGUGUGUUUGAGGCUGCUUUUGCUCCUCCCCCUGGUUUGCUGUGUCCCCCCCCUCUCCAGACCUCCUUCCAGACUCUGCAGACGUUGCUGCGAUCACUCUGAGCCUUCAGCAGCUGCGGCCCAAUACCAGAUGCCAGAGGUCCGCACUGUCAUCAACAUGACCAUCCUCAAAGGUGAUAAAGGGGACAAAGGGGAUAAAGGUACACCCGGAAAACCAGGUCUGGAGGGACCCCACGGGCACCGGGGACCCAUGGGCCCUAAAGGCAGCAAAGGCCAGGCAGGAGCCCCGGGAGACGCCUGCAAGAUACCUCACUCUUCCUUCUCAGUGGGACGUCGCAAGUCCCUGCACAGCGUGGACUACUACCAGGCUCUGGUGUUCGACACGGUGUUCGUCAACCUCCACGAGCACUUCAACAUGUUCAAGGGCAAGUUCUACUGCUACGUGCCGGGGAUCUACUUCUUCAACGUCAACAUCCAUACCUGGAACUUUAAGGAGACCUACCUCCAUCUGAUGCACAACGAUAAGGAGCAGGUGAUCCUGUACGCUCAGCCCAGCGAGAGGUCCAUCAUGCAGAGUCAAAGCGUCAUGCUGGAUCUGGCUCUUAAUGACGAGGUCUGGGUCCGACUCUACAAGAGGGAGAGGGAGAACGCCGUUUACAGCGAUGACGUGGAUGUUUACAUCACCUUCAACGGGUACCUGGUGGCACCUAGCGUCCAGUGAAAAUGGACGGGAUGAGGGAUGAGUGGAGUGGCAAAAUCUCUGUGUCGGAUUAUUUCGUCUUUUUUGCCGUGGAUACUGCUUUAUGCCAAGAGAGGAGAACUAAUACAUGACAUUACAAGUUUGGUGCUUAUUAAAUAUUCAUUCCAUCCGGGAGAGGAACAUGCUGUGUUUUCUUAAAUGAGGACUUCCCUUAAAAAAUCUUAAAACUAAAAGGAACCAUAAUAUAGUGAAAGGUAGCACAGCACAUAAUUAGGAAAGAAAGUCAUUACUUCCUUUGCACUAGAAAAAACUGUUGUACAAAGUAAAUCAUUUUUCCUACUCCUGUGCUGUGCUAGUUUUCCCUCUUGGAUUACUCCUUUCAGGGACUUUGUGUAAAAACACAAGUUAAAUCAUUUAUCAGGAAUCAUAAAUCUGUGUAAUUACUUUAUAUAUCUGUACUAUGACGGUUCUAAACGUGCAUAGAGUUUCUGUCAGAUUAAAAUGUGUUCAGACAGAUUGCUGUCUUUAACAAAUGUUUCCUUUGUGCCUCUCAGAAGAACACUUAGCUUUAAAGGGUUUGUUCCCCUAAAUUGCAAAAACACAUUCUCCCACUAACCCCUAAUGGUGCAGAUAGUUUCAGUUUUAUUUGCUGAAGCGUUGCUGAAAUUUUUCCCACCACCUUGAUAUAAUAGUGCCACACAGCGAAACAUUAAAAUACUGCAGGAAAUUUGAAACCAUGCCCAAAACCUCAGAGCACGGCCCUGCAUGUUUCAAGUUUGAUGUGAGGAUGUUCCUAUUGGUCCCACAUGAGUGUAGGAGUAAGGAUGUUGUCUUAUCCUGUUUCGCUGACCUGGAGGAAGUGGUUUCACUCACCGUCCGUCAAACGCCCAGCAAUAGUGACUGUUUCAGGAAGGCCUCUUCUGGCAUAGGCCUGCUUUUCUCUGGAGCUUCUCUUCUCAGUUCAGGUUUUGUUUUAUGGUUCAAGACAUAGAUGGUAAAACAUUAAACUGAUACAUAGUCUAAAACAUUUAAUCAAACACUUCAUUCUCUCUGUAUUAUCUCAACAUUGCACACCUCAACAUCUCUACCGUUGCUGAUGUCUUCGAGGUGUGUGGUGGCUAAUUACAAGUCAGACCCUUCUUUUCAUGUGCAGCGUUAAUUCCAACUUUUGAAUCUCUUCCUACACACACCCUAAUCUACUAAACUAAAGGACUCAAUUAUAGAGAUGAAACGAAAUUUUGUUUGGGGUGCUGAAAAAAAAAAGCUAAUCUCUUUCCGUGAUGUGGUUACUCUGGAAAAUCUGCACCGUCAACAGUUUUUAUUGGAACUAUUUUCCACUGAAGAAAUAGUCUCAAUGAAAACUGUGUUGAAUCUCUAAACACCAAAAAUAUCUGCAUAGGUAGGUUUAGGUGGAAAACAUAACACUUUUUUGUGAUUUGGGUGAACUGAUUCUUUAAACAUGAACAUUUCCCAACAUAUUACAAUGAAAUUUUAAGGUGCUUUAUGACAAAAUGCAGGAAUGCAUUAGGAUUUAAAGAUUUCAUAUUAUGUAGUCUUACAGAGACUCCAAACUGCAGAGCAGUUUAUGUAAAUAGCUGUAUAAUAACUGUCUUUAUAGCUUAAAUCUGUGCUUCCGCUCAUGCUGUUGGGACUGGACUAUACUGUAUAUGUUUGUGUGUGUUUGUAUAUGUUAACAAUAUUCCCUCCUUUAAAGCAUUGCUAACCAAAUCUGUCUUUGUUCUGUUUGUUCUGUAACCUAAAAGUUUUCAUAUAUUUCACAAAAUCAUGAGCCUUUACAAAAAGGUCACUUGUUUAGCCACAAAGCACUUGCACAUUGUCAUUUCUGCAGGAGAAUUUUCUCUACCCUUCUAAUUCUUUACAAAUUACACCAUGCAGCAUAGGACUUGGCUCACAAAUAAACCGCUCAGUCCUAUGAGGACAUGGUAUUUGAGAUUUAACCCCCAAAAUUGGCUAACUCUCUAAAACAAACAAACAAACUAGAAAACAAAAAACCCAGCUCAAACUGUCAGAGACAGAGAUGGGUCUGCAGCAUGCCAGCUCCAUCUGUUUGGCCAUAUCUCUCCCAUUAGCUGUAAUACCGUCCCCAGGGAGGUUUUGCUAGAGGAAAAGCAGACUGCAGUGUUGUAAAUACUUUAAGCCUUGAGUGGAGUUCUGAAAAGCUCUAUUGGGAAACAAAGCAGGACAUCUGAAGAGUUUCCUGAAUUGCCAGCCCAGACUGGUGGAGGCUGUUCCAGCAUGGACAGUAGACAAGCUCUUAGUUUGAAUAAGAACUGGUUGAACCAGCAUUUCACUUGACCUAGUUUAGGUUUGUCUUAGUUUUAUCAUUAAAAACUUGACAAGUGAAGUGAGCAAACAUGAAUCAACAGAUUUGUGCAGGUGAUAAAAAACCACUCCACCUCAAAAACAAUGAAAUGCAACAUUAGAGUGCAAAGUGGUAGAAAACAACGACAAAAAAUGCAUCAAGGGAACCAAAUGAAUUGAAACCAAACAUGACAAAAAUCAACCCUUAAAAAUAAAAUAAUAAUAAUAAAUCAUUGUAAAACAAGUGUAUGUCCAAAUCUUUUAAACAUAUUUGUGCUCUCUUUGUUGCUCAUUGAAAAUAACAAGUGCACUUUCACAGUCAGCUUCGACGAUCAGCCUAAUUAACUCAACUUUUACAAGACUGCUGAAAACAACCAGCCAGGUUCAGGCUGUUUCACUUGUUCUUAUUAAACAAUAAACAAGUGGCAAGUGCUAAAUUCACUUUCAAUUAUCCCUGCUGGGUGUAAAACACUGGCUAACAAAGAGAAUAGAAGGAUUAUUGGUACAGUCGUUGUCUCCCAUCAACGCUCAGCCUGUGCACAGGGAUGCACAGAUAUUAAAGGAUGGGUUCACAAGUCUAUCUUAAAACAAUAGACAGGUGUCCGUAGGAACAUUGAUACAGGUUUUUCUUGCUGUAAUCAUUCCUCCUGCUCACACUGACCAUCAAAAGAUAACUUCCUAAUGUACCUUCGAUGUAUGUGAUGACAAAAUUCAGUCUUCGUUUUGUGCAAAAAUGUAUUCUGAAGUUUUUCUGAGGCUAAUAUGAAGCUUCAUCCAUCUGGAUUAGUAAAAUCAAGGGGAUAUCUUCCAAAGUUACAGUCUUUAAAUACCAAUCUCCCUUUUUGUUACUAUCCCGUCACUGCCACUUAACAGGAAACACUGUCCAAAGAAACCCAAAUGGGGAAUUCUAUACCAAAAACUUUGGAAGAUUUGCAUUUGAUUUGACUAAUUUGGGUGACUGAAGCAGAUCUGUAAAAAUCAGAUUUUGGCAGAUGCUAUUACCCAAAGCAACUUAACAUAAGAACUUUCAAACUUAACAUGAACAAGAGCUAUUGCAAGAGGUAUCGCAGCUCUCCCAAACACUACACUUCAGCACAUGUUGUUUGUUAGAAAUGAGAAGUACUUGUCUUGUAAAUGAAAAUGACAGUAUUAAUCCUAUUUUAACUAUGAGUUUCCUGCCAACUGCCUGUCCUUGGAGAAACAUACUAGAAAUCUGACAACUGCGGGGCCAGUGCUCUUUACUUUUCUUGUCUUUUGAUGCCUUUGAGCAAAGCAAUCCCUGUUCACAACCCUUAGUUAAACUGGUAAAUGAUAUUCUUCUCUGAGGUCACAUAGAAUGAAUUAUCCAAUUAGGCUUCGAUCAACUUUACAAUACUACAAGUUAUAUUACAUGUUUGUAGCAGUAUUAUGUUUAUUUUCCUGUCAGGUUAAUCACUUUCUCAGCUGCCCAAAAUGAUUCUCAGAACACCUUGAGGGUCUUUCCAAACCUCUUCCUGGGUGUCCUCUCACUCCCACAUUCACCAGUGAGCAAUUUUGAUGAAGGAUCUUUGUGUUUGGACAGGUUGUAGGCAAUGCCAGAGGCUUCAACUGCAUCUGUGCUGUGGUCUCAUGGUUAAACACACAGUUAAACACAUCAUACUUUUACACUGCUUUGGUAUUAUGUCAUUUUGAUGGCGACUAAAUGGGUACUGUUAACUGGAAAAUAAUGAAAUUACCAUUUUUACCAACAAGGGAAAAUGCAAUGCAAUAAAAUAAAAACUUACAACAAAUGAAUUGUUAAAAAUGUAGUUCUUCAACUAAAAGUUUAAAAGAAGUGGGCCUUAAAUCACUGUAAUUAAAUCCACAUUCAUUUUGCACAUGUUCAUGAUAUAAAAUGUGGAGAUUAAAGGAAUAGUUGGACAAUUUGUAAAACAUGCUUUUUCACUUUCUUGCCUAUAGACUUAGAUAAGAAGAUCAAUUCAGACUAUUCUGACUAUUGCCUAGACAAUUUUUUGGCACUUAAGCCCAUGAAACACCAUAACUUCAGAUUUAAUAUGUAUUAAUGAGUUUAAGAGGUGCUGGAAGGCAGAUUUUGUUACCGUUUCCCCCUGUUUCCAGUCUUUUUGCUAAGCUAAGUUAGCUGACUGCUGGUGGUAG